CAACUAAAACAGCAGCGGGACAAAUUAAAGCAAUAUCAGAAAAAGAUUUCUCUACAGCUGGAGCGGGAGAGGAUUGUUGCUCGUCAACUACUAAAAGAUGGCAAGAAAGAGAAAGCCAAGCUUCUGCUAAAGAAGAAGCGUUAUCAAGAGCAACUAUUAGACAAAACUGAAAACCAAAUUAGCAACUUAGAACGCAUGGUCCACGAUAUUGAAUUCACGCAGAUCGAGAUGAAAGUGAUUGAGGGCCUGAAAAUUGGCAAUGAAUGUUUAAAUAAAAUGCAUCAAGUUAUGUCAAUAGAAGAGGUGGAAAGAAUCAUGGAUGAAACCCAGGAGGCUGUAGAGUACCAGAGGCAAAUAGAUGAGAUAUUGUCUGGCAGUUUCACUGCGGAGGAUGAAGAUGCCAUUUUAGCUGAAUUAGAUGCCAUCACUCAGGAGCAGAUUGAUCUUCCAGAGGUUCCCUCAGAGCCUCUCCCAGAAAAGAUUUCAGAAAAAUCGCCCAUCAGAAUCAAACCAAAGCCAGAAUUGGUUGCUGCAUCUUAACUCCACUACCUGCGGGGUAUCCCUGCAUUGAAUCUUGGAAUCCCAGCAUGCCUGGGGUAUAGGAGGCCUCCCUGCUGGCAUUACCCAGCCAUACUGGAGCAGGUUUCCUGCACAGAAUGGAAGCUGUAACUGGUUAACGUUCCCAUAUCAAGGUUAUUUUGUAGCGUGCACACUCCUCCUUUUGUAACUUAAAUGGGAUUAAAUGGUGACUCUUAAACCCUCCAAGCCAAAUGCUUUCUGCGACCAGAUUUCAGCUACAGACCUGCCUCAGGUGCCAGCACAGCCUCUCUCUCGCUCUCUGUCAGUUCCUGGUACGUGUUGGAGCAUGUUGGCACUGCUACAAGCUUUGGCUACCCAGAGGAGAGAACUUCUGUGGGACCUCGGCCUUCCUCUUGACUCAUUUCACACUGGCAAGGAUGGAAUUUCUGAACCUUGUUAAAUCUGUUGGCUUUGUGCCAAGAUGGGAGCAUCUCUUCCAUUAGCAGUUCCAGCUUCUUGUGUUAGCAGCUAGUGGAGAUUCAAGAAGUUUGUUCCAUGUUCAGUAUGCUCUUGAGGAAGUUUGUUCCAUGUUCAGUAUGCUCUUGAGGUUAAUACACUAGCAGACCUGGGCACUGGGGAACAAUGUAAGGCUGAUGGGCUUAUUCAUUAGAAAAGAGAAGGCCUGCUUCCUGCUGGGAGAGAAGUCUAAAUGGCUUGCUAAGGAUUUGUGCUUCAGAUGCUUCCCAGGCCUCUUGCUUUUUCUUUUUCCUCCAGAAUCCCACAGCAUGAAGAUGCUGAACACGAGCUCAGCUUCUGAUAGCUUCUCAAAGAAGAAACAAGCUCACUAAUAGCAGAGGGUUUUUUGAUGACUCCUGUCCUCCCCAGCUUCCCAAAUCUGGGCAGUGAGCGGACUCAGAAAAUGUACCUUUUCUUUUCAGCGAUGGAGCCACCUCUCAUCUCUCCUUCAUUUUUGAGUUACUAGGUGGGCUUAAGAAGAUAGCGAGCCAGUGCCACCCACAUGGUUCUCCUCUUACAGAAAACCUGAAUGUCCCCUCAAUUCCCUGAAUAUUGGAAAGGGCUGGAUGCCAAUUAGUUCUAGAGUGUUGUCUGCUCUGUCAGAUGUUGAAGGCUUGGUUUCACCCAACAUUGCUUCAGGAACUUGUAACUGUGGGCCUGAGCUGCCUUUGCAGUUGCUGUCUACCUUGGUCCUAUCCACUCUUGAGAGCAGGUUCACAUGGGGUACGAUACUUCUUCCCAUAUGGCCUGCUAAAACAGUGCUCCUGUUGAAAGUGGCCAGGCAGGCCAGUGGUUGAGCUGGAACAGGUGAUCUUUAAAGGCUCCUCUAGGAAUACUUGACCUACAGUGGUGUUUGAUGUUCCUGCUAGCUGACCUUUUCACCCAGUAGAAUCAACAGCUGAAAAAACAUUCCUUCUGUUGAAGUCAUCUCCUCUCCCCCUCUACUUCAUUAGAGCAGAAUUCAGAAAUAGAAUAGUAGGAUAGAACUAAAACUAGGGGAGUCAGGCAUCUUGGAGGUGGUGUUUUUCCAGUGGGUUUUGGCCAAGCCCCUUUUGCUUGAAUCUGAUCCUUGAAGCACUCAGGCAACAUUCAUCAUCAGCCUUUGGGGUUCCCCCUAAGGCCUUAAUGCCAUACAAUUGCCACCCACCCCCAGCUCUAGUUAACACCUGAGCAAUGAACUGAAUUGACUUCCCCUGAUUGGAUGGUUCGUAUAUCAAUAAUAUGCUGUUUUGUUACAUUGAUUUUGGAAGCAUUCAGUUUACCUUGGGCUGGUAGUUAAAUGGUUAAGGGGACUUGCAAGUUGUUUGCUUGUUGGCAGAUUUGACAAGAUGCCGCUGUACUUGCAUUGUUCACCAGAUGGCAGUCUUACCCCGAGCUCUUCAUAACUAUGACUGUGAAGGAACACUUACUUGUGUGUCUUAACCUCUUAAUUGCUCUGGAUGGGUUACAUUGAUUUUUAUUUCGUCAGCAAAUGGCAAGGGAGCACCUGGAGGCAUACAAUGCCCUGCUCUGUUAGUGUCCUGGGUAUCAUACAGAUGGGGGUUCUUAAAGGGCUUUAUUAGACCCCUGGUUCACAACACAGCUCAGUGCCUGGGGAAAUAGAUGGAAGAAUGCUUCUAUUUCUUCCUUGCCAGUAAGAACAGAAACGAGAAGAAUUAGUGAAAAUCAAAUCUGCAAAGCCCAUGAAGAAAAAACACUGCUAUGUGCCAAGUGGCCUUAGAGAACAGGCUUGGACUUAGCUAAAUUGCUUUGUGAUUUCCUGAUCCAUUCUCUUCUUGAUGACUCAGGUGGAAUUAAAAGUGUUGUUCAGCCUCCAGGAAACCUU